AUGGUAAAAAGUGGCGCCAUCUACAAUAGUGCGGCCGUCCUGCUCUUGAGGCGAGGGCGUGUCCCAAGGGCGCCUCCCACAGUCCGCGGGGACGGACGGGGGCGCAGCGCAACCCGAGCACUCGGCGGCGCGCUCCCGCGACGCUUGUUAGUGUUCCGCAAAUCCACAACGGGAUCGCCCCGAACGCCGCAUUCGAAAGGUUCUCAGUUCACGGUGAGUUCGCGCGCUCUCGGGCGCCCGACCGGGUGUCCGGUCGAGAUUCGCGAUUCGGUCGGACGAGUUGAACGCGGCGGCGGGCGGGUAUACUGGCUCGCCGUGGCCGCCGCUGGAACUAGACCCCGUGGGAUGGGGGCGCAAACUCUACCCUUCAGGCGCGCCGAGGUCCUCUGGUAUGUACCUUUGAAAAGCGGCGGCCUUAUGUUCGGCCUUCAUCACCAAGAAACGGCAGGGGUACACACACAACCUCGCGGCCCUGUCACAUCUCUCAAAGAGGAACCUCUCACACGAGCUUGGAUGACUCCGAGCUCCUUAGUUGACAAUACCAAUAGCGUGGGUGUUGGGCGUGCACACUUCGAAAAGCAACCACCGAGCAACCUGCGCAAGAGCAAUUUCUUCCAUUUUGUGGUAGCGUUGUAUGACCGAGCUGGACAACCUAUCGAGAUAGAACGUACCGCAUUCAUAGGAUUUAUAGAAAAGGACCAAGAAGCAGAAGGCCAGAAAACAAAUAAUGGAAUCCAGUACAGGCUUCAACUACUUUACGCAAACGGUAUCAGACAGGAGCAGGAUAUAUUCGUUCGACUAAUAGACUCCGUUACGAAGCAGCCCAUCGUCUACGAAGGACAGGACAAGAACCCAGAAAUGUGCAGGGUUUUGUUAACACACGAAGUUAUGUGCAGGUUGCAAGAUAUGUGCAUCCCUGUCGCGCGUCUUCAGGGGAGGAGUCUCUGGGGAGUCUGUCCUUUCAAUGUCUUUGCCCUUUGCGUCAAGGAGCCACGCUAG